AUGAGAAACACUCAUGAAAUUCAAAAUUAUUUUCAUCCUAAUAUCGAAAAUACUAAACUUAAAUGUGAUAUUUGCAAUGCUUCUUAUGAAAUUCAAGUAUCAGUCACUAAUUUGAAAAAGCAUUUUGCAAAAUAUUAUAAAACUGAUUAUCAGAAAAUUUUGGAAAAACAAAAAGAGAAAUUCAAAAACAUUAAAGAAAUUAAUCAAAUUUUACCAUAUAAUGGUAAUAAAUAUUAUGUGACUGUUCAAGAUAAAGUCAAUAAUAAUACUAUUAAUGAGUUUAAAAAUCUCAAAGUUACUAAUUCUUUGAGACUCAAAGAAUCA